AUGGAUGAGAUCUAUAACCUUCAAUAUACCUUAUUUUAUUCAAGCAUCCUGUUCCUUCUCAUUGGAUUCAUCGGAAAUGUGUUUGUAAUACGAAUUGUUCACAAAACACGCGAGAUGCACACGCCCACAAAUUAUCUCCUAGUCAGCAUGGCUGUUAGCGAUAUUGUUACCAUUUUGAUGUGGCCGUUGUAUUUCUUUGUAUACUGGAAAUUCUUUUGCAAGUUAAUGGAGCUCGUUCAAGUCUGCAUAAUGGUUUCCUGCAUUACCAUGACUGUACUAGCAGUCGAAAGAUAUUACGCAAUAAUGAAGCCUUUAAGAAACGGACUGCGCUUAAGAGAAGACAACAUUAAGAAGGCGAUCGCUUGCAUUUGGGUGGCAAGCGUUGUUGUGUGCCUCCCAGCAACGUUCUUUAAAGAAUGGAGCGAAACUUAUGAGACAUGUAUUGGUCCCUGGACUCUGUAUUUAAAUCAAGGUAGCAAAGCUUGUGUGAUUUUAGAUGCAGUUAUAUAUUUUAUUCUACUGGCGAUCAUGAUAUACUGCUAUGGAUCCUUGAUAAGAGGACUUUAUUUUACCAACACAGUGUGUCCAGACACAGAUGGAGAAAGGAAUUCUGAGAAGAAGAAACUUGUAAUCACGUUUAUGUUGGUAACCGUUGCUUUUUCUAUUGGUUUUAUACCAACUGUAGUUUCUUACGUGAUCAUUCCGUCAGGAGAUGGAACAACAGAAGUUACUCUUUACGCUCAACCUACAUUUGUUGCUGAUUUUGUAUUCGUUUUAAGUUUAUGUUGCAACCCUUUUAUCUACGUUUUUCGCAGCACUAACUUUAAAGAAGGGUUCAAGAGUGUAAUUUUAUGUAGAAAUCUCCAAAUGCAUAAUGAAGUUUGCACAGCCUAG